GCAUUGUGCAGUUUCCUGAACAUACUCACAUUAUCAGUUGAUCCUCUGCACAGAAGCCCCAUGUGAUUCUUGCUAUUCUCAGCUUUGUCCAUGAACUAAAAUUAGAACUAAGCUGACAUUACACUUCACUUGGUUACAGCCAGACGGUGGAUUUUAGUCAUUUGAAACCACACGGAAAAAAAUUCACCCCAUAAUCUAUUCUUCGAUGAUAAUCACUAACUUUGGGCAUGACAGCUUCAGUGUCCACCAAUGAUGGUCCUUUCUGAGGUGGCAUCUGUGAUUUAGCAGUUCAGAACUUAAUGAAGCUGAUGACUCUAUGACAAUGUGGAGAAAUCAUGACAGAAAAUGUGGUUUGUACUGGAGCUGUUAAUGCUGUAAAAGAAGUGUGGGAAAAACGAAUAAAGAAACACAACGAAGAUCUGAAACGAGAGAAGGAAUUUCAACACAAGCUAGUGCGGAUCUGGGAAGAGAGAGUAAGUUUAACUAAGCUCAAAGAAAAGGUCACCAGGGAAGAUGGAAGGGUAAUUUUGAAGAUAGAAAAAGAAGAAUGGAAGAGUCUCCCUUCUUCUUUACUGAAGCUGAAUCAGCUACAGGAAUGGCAAAUUCAUAGAACUGGUUUGUUGAAAAUUCCAGAAUUCAUUGGAAGAUUCCAGAACCUUAUUGUGUUAGAUUUAUCUCGAAACAUAAUUUCAGAAAUACCUCGAGGAAUUGGACUGCUCACUAGACUUCAGGAACUGAUUCUGAGCUACAACAAAAUCAAGACUGUCCCCAAGGAAUUAAGUAAUUGUGCCAGCUUGGAGAAACUAGAACUGGCUGUUAACAGAGAUAUAUGUGAUCUUCCUCAAGAGCUCAGCAGUCUGUUAAAACUAACUCACCUUGAUUUGAGUAUGAACCAAUUUACUACAAUCCCUCCUGCUGUGUUGAACAUGCCUGCCCUUGAGUGGCUGGACAUGGGAAGCAACAGACUUGAACAACUUCCUGAUGCUAUAGAAAGAAUGAAAAGUCUGCAUACAUUUUGGCUACAACGGAAUCAAAUAACAUGCUUGCCAGAAACAAUCAGCAAUAUGAAAAAUCUGGGCACCAUUGUUCUCAGCAACAAUAAACUGCAAGAUAUUCCACUAUGCAUGGGAGAAAUGGAAAAUCUGAGGUUUGUCAACUUCAGAGACAACCCACUGAAACUGGAAGUAACACUUCCUCCCAGUGAAAGCGUAGAUGAAGAGGAGGAACGGGAAUUAUUUGGCCUUCAAUUUAUGCACACAUACAUACAGGAAUCACGGAGAAAAGCAGAUGAUGAAGUCAAUUGUUUGAUUACUUCACCAACUUCUAUAAAUACUGAUGAAUAAUGUAAUUCAAAAUGCCCUGCCGAAGAGGAUUAUUUGGGGAAUCUGAUGACUUAUUUGGACCUCUGAAGUAAAAAACAAGGUUAUUGCCAAAGUUUAAUGAGGCCACAGUAGUUUUAAAGUCCACAUUAUUUGCUAUUUAAAUUAUAUUUUUGUGAAUAUAAAAAUAUAAUUAAAAAUUUUUUUUGGUGGAAGACAGAUGAUGUUCAAAUUUCUUUGCUAUUAAGCAGUUGUUUCUGGUGAAGAAUGAAUUGGUAAAGCAGUUAACAAUACAUUUUCCAAAGAUACCAAAGGGUCUGUAUAGUAUUGUAAAGCAGGAUUGAAUCCCUUCUGCUGUAAAUACUGGAUUCGACCUUGGUCAAUCAGCAAUUUACAAAGAUGCCCUAUUUUCUUCUUUUCUUCAACAGUAAGAAGCCUAAAUGGAAUAAACACACACACAAAAUUAACACUUUGUAAGCUUUUAAAAAACUUUUAGUCACUUGUAAUUAUUGAAAAACUGUUAAAUAGCCCACAUUAUACUGAGUACUAUAUUCCAUCUUCCAAGGCAUAUUUACCUUAUAACCUUAAUAAAAAUGCAUGUAUUUUAAGUUACUCUAAAAAAUUACACUGUAUGUUCUUAGGAAUAAACUGUUGGCAAUAAUCAUCUAAGAAGAAAGUAGUCCCCACUUAUCCACAGUUUCAUUUUCUAUAGUUUCUGUAACCUGUGGUUAAUUGUGAUCUGAAAAUAUUAAAUGGAAAAUUCCUUUCAAUAAUU